AUGGAACAGACUCGUCAUUUUAAAGCUCAGCCGCUUCCAAGUGAUUCCCCAGAUUGCUUGCCUCCACGGCACAAUUAUCCUUUAACACGCCCAAAACCAUUUACGUUAAAAACUGAUUUGCGUGGAGAAAAAUAUCAACAUUCAUUCCGUGAGAGAUUAAGAGAGUUGAGUGACCGAGAAAAAGAAAAUCAAUUUCGCGCUCAGCCUGUUCCAAGUUUUGAUCCAGAAAUUCCAAAAAAGCCAGUUGUUCCACCGCCAACAAAACCCGUUGAGUUUUUUUUUCUCACCGAUAUCCGUUUGGAAGAACGCAAAAUAUUCGAUGAGCAAAGGAAAUUACGGGAUAUGGUCGAUAAUGCGCUCAAAGAACAAAAGCAAAGGGAAGAAAUGGCAAAGGGAAGAAAUUCGUCGCCUACGCUCUGA